AGACGUAUCAGGAACCUGUUUUCCAAACCUCUCAAAUUUAUCUUUUUUCUUCUUCUGCUAAGGCUAGCAUUCACUCUCUCAGCGUUUCACUUUAUCACUACACGCAACGAUGCAGUCUCCCCUGUGCGGAAUGUAUUGCUCGUGCACUAGUUGCUACGAGCGCUCUAUCCUCGAAGCCUGCACCGAGGCGGAGUGCAGUGCGACCGAUUUUGGCACGGCGAAGAUCUAUAACUUGGACGAGCCUGCUCACCUGCAACCGGUGACGGAGCUUUUCCAGAUGGACUCUGAAGACGAGGAGCAGCAGAGCAUGGGUAAGCGCAUUAGUUUUCUUAUCACUCUACCCAGUUCGCAGCUGCAUACUUUCGGUGGAAACAUUUAGCAAUUGCAUCAGGUUCUGUUUGUCAGUUUUAGCGCGCAAUCAUUUUACGUACGUAUUGUUCAAAACUUACAGGUGAAAACGACGAGUUCUGUCCGGACCACCUGUUUCCGUCGAGCACGUCAACCAUCUCUUCGGCGAUCGUGCACGUGCCGAAAGCGAAACGGACUCCCGCCCCGAAACGGUUGCGCGUCGUUGAGAUGCGAAACAAGGGGAAGUUGCUAAUGCCUUCCAACCCCGGACCGAAACAGCAAAAGCACUUCUCCGGCAUGGUCUUCACGUACUACCAAUGUGUUUUGGUUUGCGGCAAGCAGGAGUUUGACGUGCGUUUUUUCGCCUGCCAGGUUUAUAUCGGGGGUUGCCUCGUUUCGGAAGCAGCGGCUUUUUACCUAGCGCCUACGAAAAGUGGGGAGUUGCAGGAUACGCAAGUAAAAUGCGGCUUGGAACGCGAACGGUCUGGAGUGCAGCUUCUUCCCCUUCUAUCGGACACGCUGGAUUCGCGACGGGCGCUGAAGUACAAUUGCAUCCAGGCGCGGAGCUGCAGACUACUUUCCCCAGACGGUCAGGUGAAAUGCCUUGCAGCACUUGCUGGCAGUGACGAAAAGGUCUGGAAGAAGAUGUUGCCAUCGGGGCCUAAGUCAAGCAAAGACGACUUUCCCCAUUCGAUUAGUGUCCUCAGCUCGCCGAAAAUCUCGGCGCUCAGGUUUUUUCCGAUGUUUGCUGUCAUCUGCUUUUUCUUGUUACCAAGUUUCGCAUUUUUUGACAUGAGUUCGAGUCUCGCUGUUCCUUCCGUUAUCCGCAAUGAGAUGUAAGUUUCAUCUACUCGUUCAAAAAAAACCGUCAAUGCGCCGUAGCUUUUAUCCUUCUACAGUUUCAUGAAGUACACAUUCGUCUUUUUCUCAAAAGGUCAUAGUUUUGUUGGCAAACAUUCUGCAGAAGAUUAUACCUCCCAUGAGUUCAGUUUCUCUCGACCGCCACAAUCGGAUUUCUGUACAUUAACAAAUAGUCUUCAUAGAGGUUGUCCUCCAAGACAUAGGAUUCUCGAGCGGAUCAGUGCUUCUUCGAUGAGCGAUCCUGGCGCAGGAUUGCGUUUGGAUCGUGUUCACUGUUCUAAGAGCAGGAAUAGCCUCUGCUUGACCAUGUGAUUGAGAGCAUCCGUAGUACGGGCGCAGAGGACUACCAGCAUCAAAAGAGCGUGAGCAAACUGACUUGAAUAAGCAGAGUUAACAGAGGAGCGCUUGAAAAUGAGUGAAAAGCAGAGAAAUGGCUUCUGAGGGAGGACUUCACAGAAGUCUUGCUAUGUUGUCCUUCCCUAUGAAUAAAAGAUGACGCGACCGUCCGAAUGUGGCACAGUGGCCAGGGAGUGGCCUGGGGAGGAGAUUCGUUAGUGGGCAGAGAAGUCUGCUACUUGGUUUCCUGCUGUAACUCUGGCCGCCUGUCGGUGGUGCAGCGUCACUCAUUUUUGGACAUUGGGAACGCGGGGAGCGAGCUUCCACUAUUUGUACGUGUCCCCCCCGCAAGAAGAAAAAGAGGGGCAAUGUCCUUGGCCGGCCGUCAUCGCCGAUCCCGCUUGGGAGCCCGACGGGGGCGCCGCACUGGCCGCAUGGUAUGAAGAUAAUGAAGCCGCCCCACCGCGGGCGUGGCGGCGACCUGGCUGCGUUUUCCGUGCGGGGCCUACUUCGCCAUGUUUGGCCGCGGUGCUGCAGGAGGUUUGGCCGAAUACAGAAGAGCCGUUUCGAGGGCCGCACUGAGGAGGCGGAGCGCCGCAUCUCUGCCGCAGAGCGAUUCCUAGGAGGGCGCGCGGUUGUCGGAGACUUCGGGGAGAUAGAAGGCGCGAACAGGAUGCGCCCGGCCUCUUGGCGCGCUGUCUUUGCGCGCGGCGGCCUUCGCCUUGGGGCCCGUGGCACGCCGGGGGGCUCCCCCCGCUCCACUGCCUGGCGAGGAAUUUACCCAGGCGAUUUCUACCGGGCCCGUCCGGCUUCCUUUCUGAUUGAUAACCUGGCAGCAGCCCGCUGCCGCUCCGCGGGCGCCCGGCGCUGGAAUCCUGCCCGGUGUGCUGCGCGUUCGCGACGCUGCCGCGCCCAUUCAAAAAUUAAUAUGCGACUGCGUUUUAUCCGGAAAGCUUUAGCAGCGCGCUUUUCCGCGGGAGAUGAUGACUGUUCGACUUUUUCCUAAAGGAUUUUGCGAGAAAGCCCCUCAAAGAUCAUGCGUUCGAUCACCAGUGCAACGUCCCCGAAGCAGCUUGCACGAUUUGAAAGCACUAGCCACACGUACGCUGUUUCUCUCGAGUCUGUGCUUCCGAAUUUCGUCAAUUCCUAACGGAGUAAAGCAGUCAGGCCGACUCCAGAGAUGUCGUGGUCGUGCUGCGAAGAUCGUCAUCGUUUACGUUUUACCCACUCGGUAGAAGCAAACUUCUGGCUCGUGCUGCUGCCACAUGUUUUUUUUCGUCCACUCGUACUCUCGUUCCGUUAAAACGUAGUCCUUCCUGCUCAUCGUCCAUUUCUUGCUUCGUCGUUCUUGAACAAUUGGGUGUCCCCAGAUCUAUCAUGGAUCUGAAGUUGUGCUUGGAAUGCCGAGUUUGAUGAAACACCUCUCUACUCUUCGAGACGUAAGUACCAGGAACCUGUUUUCCAAACCUCUCAUACUAACUUUUAAACUUCUACUCUCGCUUGAAUUCUGGGCUUACCACUUUCAAUCUAUUUUCUUCUGCUAAGUAGGCAAGCAGUAACUUACUCUUUCAGCGUUUCACUUUAUCGCUACACGCAACGAUGCAGUCUCCCCUGUGCGGAAUGUAUUGUUCGUGCACUAGUUGCUAUGAGCGCUCUAUCCUCGAAGCCUGCACAGAGGCGGAGUGCAGUGCGAACGAUUUUGGCACGGCGAAGAUCUAUAACUUGGACGAGCCUGCUCACCUGCAACCGGUGACGGAGCUUUUCCAGAUGGACUCUGAAGACGAGGAGCAGCAGAGCAUGGGUAAGCGCAUUAGUUUUCUUAUCACUCUACCCAGUUCGCAGCUGCGUACUUUCGGUGGAAACAUUUAGCAAUUGCAUCAGGUUCUGUUUGUCGGUUUUAGCGCGCAAUCAUUUUACGUACGUAUUGUUCAAAACUUACAGGUGACAACGACGAGUUCUGUCCGGACCACCUGUUUCCGUCGAGCACGUCAACCAUCUCUUCGGCGAUCGUGCACGUGCCGAAAGCGAAACGGAGUCCCGCCCCGAAGCGGUCGUGCGUGAUGGAGUUGCGAAAAAAAGGCAAGUUGCUGAUGCUUUCCAACCCCGGACCGAAACAGCAAAAGCAUUUCUCCGGCAUGGUCUUCACGUACUACCAAUGUGUUUUGGUCUGCGGCAAGCAGGAGUUUGACGUGCAUUUUUUCGCCUGCCAGGUUUACAUCGGGGGGUGCCUCGUUUCGGAAGCAGCGGCUUUUUACUGUGGCCCUGCGAAAAGUGGGGAGUUGCUGUAUACGCAUGUAAAAUGCGGUUUGGAACGGUCUGGAGUGCAGCUUCUUGACCCACUGGACACGCCGGUUUCGCGACGGGCGCUGAAGUACAAUUGCAUGCACCAGGCGCGGACAUGCAGACUACUUUCCCCAGACGGUCAGGUGAAAUGCCUUGCAGCACUUGCUGGCAGUGACGAGAAGGUCUGGAAGAAGAUGUUGCCAUCGGGGCCUAAGUCAAGCAAAGACGACGACUUUCCCCAUUCGAUUAGUGUCCUGAGCUCGCCGGGAAUCUCGUCGCUCAGGCUUUUUCCGAUGUUUGCUGCUAUCUGCUUUUUCUUGUUACUAAGUUUCGCAUUUUUUGACAUGAGUUCGAGUCUCGCUAUCCGCAAUGAGACGUACCGGGGCACUGCAGUUUUUAUCCUGCCAUAGUUUCAUCAAUUUCAUCUCGAAGUACUUACACAUUCGUCUUUCUGUAGUCUCGUUGGUGUUUUUAGGCAAGCAUUGUUCUGCAGAAGAUUUAUCCAUGAGUUCAGAAAUAAAUAACGUCUCAGAUCCUCUCGAUCGCCACGCAUCCAAAUCCUCGCAAGCCACCUGAAUCUUG